AUGGAUGUCGAAGAUAUUCGAGCUGUUGUCGCAAUUGGCAAGUGUGAAAAUAAAAACAAACUUGAACUUGACUUUGGUACCACGUACAGCGGUUUUGCCUAUGCACAUAGAGCAAAUCCUGAAAUAGAGACAAAUGGACGAUGGCCAGGUCGUGAAGGACUUCCAAAAACUAACACCGCGCUAAGAUAUGAAUAUGAUCCUGAAACCGGUAGUCUAAGUAUUGCAGCGUGGGGUGAACCUGCGCUUGUUCAAACGCCUGAGAAAAAGAAAAAAGCGAAUGCCGGUAAAAAAGAAAUUUACUCGGUGGAACUUUUUAAAUUACAUUUGACCGAAAUGUCAAAUAAACCUUCCUUACCCGCUGGCAUGAACUAUAAGAAACCUAUAUGCGACUAUUUAAGUUGUAUGAAUAAGCUUAUCAAAGAAACGAUAGAGAAAACUUGGCCAGGAAUGCGAAGUUCACAGAUUUUAUAUGUUAUGACAAUUCCUGCAGAAUGGAAAGAAAACACCAAGGUGAUAAUGCGUGAAUGCGCUCAUGCAGCUGGUAUUAUUGAAACAGCAGAUUCCAAAAGAUUAGAAUUUACAAGUGAACCUGAAGCAGCAGCCAUGCAUUGUUUGAAUGUAGUAGAGGAACAUAAAUUAAAGACCGGAGAUUCGUUCUUGGUAGUUGAUUGUGGCGGUGGCACUGUGGAUUUAACGACACGUACUAUCAAUAAUAACAAUAAACUUGGAGAAAUUACUGAACGAACAGGCGAUUUAUGUGGUGCAACUUUUAUCGACCUAGAAUUUCUCAAGUAUCUCGGCAAACUAUUAGGAUUCUCGGCAUUGGAAAAGGUGAAAACGGAACAUUACGGUCAAUUGCAAUAUCUCAUUCAGAAAUUUUUUUGUCCACGAGUGAAAUAUAUGUUUGAUGGAAACGCAGAUACAUUCAAACCAAUUGAUCUGGAUCUAGAACAUUAUUGUCCGGCAUUGAUGAAGUAUGUCACCGGAGAAAAUAAAGAGAAAAUGGAACAAGAAGAUUGGUUAAUUGAACUGGAUUUUGAGUCGGUGAAAUCAAUGUUUGAUCCUGUUGUCGCUAAAGUUAUUAAAUUGAUCUCGAAUCAAUUGAAAGCGGCAGAGUCUGUUAAAUCUCCUUCUGCAAUGUUCCUUGUGGGUGGGUUUUCGGAAUCUGUUUACUUGCGAAAUAGAAUUAAAGAAUCUUUUGCAAGCAAAGUUCCCAUAAUUGCUGAACCUCGACAACCAAUGGGUGCUGUUUUAAAGGGAGCUGUUGCAUAUGGACUAAACAUGGAAGCAGUGGAAACACGUAUAUUGAAAUGGAGCUAUGGAAUUGAAGUUCUUGUUGAAUGGGAUCCCUCCGAAGAUCCAUUUGAGCGAAGAACUUUCGAAGGACGAGUGCAUCGUUUCCAAAAAUUAGCGGAACGACGUACUCAAGUAAAAGUUGACAAAGAAUUUUCAGGAGAAUUUAAACCGGUCUACCCAGAUCAAACAUCAGCAAGUUUCAAGGUUUAUUACUCUGAAAAUUCUCCAAGAUAUUGCGAUGAACCGGGUGUUUGUUUCCUGGGUAAAUUACAAAUAGAUUUACCAGACACUUAUUUAGGAAUAAAUCGACCAAUUGAAUUCUCGCUGACUUUUGGAAAGAUGGAAUUGAAGGCCAGCGCUCAUAAUAAAACCACUGGUCAAAUGUAUCAUACUUCAUGGACGAUGAAUAAUUUCGUUAAUUGA